AUGAGUGCCAACUUCGGCGCCCCAUCCUAUUCCGAAUAUCCCGAACUGGUGGACGAGUCGGCAUUGUUCAAUACAGACUGGGUCGUGCCUAAUUAUGCUCUGCCUUCGUUCGAGGCGGCUGUCCCGGAAGAUUCGUUCACUCCCCCAGGCGAUCGAGUAAAUGCCAAAGUUGCCAUCCCGCGAAAUGCCCAGCGCACCAACUGGACGGCCAGUGGUCGUGUCAGCCGAGCUUGUGAAAACUGUCGUGACCAAAAGGCCAAAUGCAGUGGACAUCGUCCAGUCUGCCAUCGAUGUCGAGAUGCGGGCGUUGGGUGUUCUUAUGGCGAUCGGAAGAAGGAGAAGAUGGCGAAGCAGUUGAAUGAUCUGACAUCGCAGGUCAACUCGCUUGAAUCACUGCUCCGUGACAUCUAUCCCAGGCUAGAUGUUUCGUCAUCUCAGUUGGUGGAUCAGACACUGACGGAAAUGAGCUCUCGGACUCCGCUCCCCCAAUCCAUUCCUGUUGCUCCUAACUCGCCCACCCUUCCGCCAAGCCAUACUCAGCAGGUGAACCCUUCAUUGCCCUCUACAGAUGCCGCCCCGGUCUUCCCGCUUGGUUCUGCAGACUAUACAGAGGAAGACUAUAAUCGUGAUGACAAGAUACAGGCUAUGGGGUUCGUUGGUGAACACUCGGAGAUGGCAUGGUUGUACAGACUCAAACGCGACCUCGAUCAAGAUAGCUCAUCACCAAUCAAGGAGACCCCUGAACGCCCUGCGAUAUCCUCCGUGAACUACUUCCAAGACGAUUCAGAUAUUUCCGUGCCCGAUCCUGUCGACCUUACACGCUGGCCUCCCCAACACCUUGCCGACAACCUCGUUGACGCUUACUUUCACGCUGUGCAUCCUGCAUUUCCGAUCUUUGGCAAGGCCACUUUCCUGAAUCAUUACCGAUCCUUCUAUUCGAACCCGAAUUCGCGACCUGGCAAAAGAUGGCUGGCAUUGCUGAACUUGGUGUUUGCUAUUGCGACGAGACAUUCACACCUCACAGAUCAGCUCCGGCCGGAUCAGGAUGACCAUCAGACGUUUUUUGCACGAGCGUGGAAUCUGAGCAUCGGCAAGGUCGCACUGUUGGAUCACCCUGACCUGCAGCAAGUGCAGGUUGAGGGAUUGGCUGCUUUCUAUCUUCUGUCUAUUGGUCAAAUCAAUAGGUCUUGGAGAAUUAUUGGGAUCGCGAUUCGAUCAGCGGUGACAAUGGGUCUGAAUCUCCGGAGCGAGAGCGAGAGCGUUCCACACUUCUCAAAAGAAUUCCGUUACCGACUAUGGUGGGCGCUUUUCAUGCUUGAUACAGUUCUGUGCGAGAUGACAGGUCGUCCUCUGAGUAUGGAAGAAAUAUUUUGCACGACACCUCUCCCAGUACCAUUCGGAGAAGAGGAUUUCUGGGAUGAUCGGGUCGUGCAGCUUAUCACCAGCCAAGAGACUCGCGGUGCAUUCUUCACUUCCUUGCUUUCCGAUAGCACCUCGACUCCACCACAAGGUGGUGCGGGUCGCAAGAAUUCGAUCCAAGCGGGACCCAGUCAACCAAAGUGGGAGACCCGAACACCCCAAGCCAUGGUGGAAAGUCAGAUACACCACACUGGUCUAGCACCGAAUACUUCACUUUACUUCUUAUAUGCAGUGGAUCUAGCCCAUCUCCUACGAGAGGCGAUUAACAUGCUGUAUGCCCCUAGAGCAACACGGAUGUCAUGUCGCGAGAUCGAAAGCACAAUUGCUACAUUCAAUGACCAUGCUGACGACUGGCUUUCUCAUCUACCAGCCGAAUUCCAUUUCGCAAUUCCAAAUGCAAGUGCAACCCAGAGAUUCGCACAGCAACGUUCCAGUCUCGCCCUCCGAUUCUAUGCCACUAAAUUGAUCAUCACACAACCUUCUCUCCGUCUCUACCAGACUGCAGCAGAAGGAACCCCAGGAACAAUAUGCGACAACAUGGCGACGAUCUGCGUCCAGUCCGCGUGUCAAAUGCUCGACCUCCUCCCUGACGAGGCAGACAGCUCUUGGCUGUAUGGUAUCGCUCCAUGGUGGUGCAUUCUUCACAAUAUCAUGCAGUCGACAACCGUCCUUUUUGUGGAGCUGUUCACCCGCACUCACCUGGGUACACACAAGGCCGCGAGCCUCAUCCAACGCGUUCAGAAAGCGACCUAUUGGCUAAAUGAGAUGUCUGCCAAAGAUCCUUCCUCGCAACGUGCCUGGUUGGUCUGUAUGGAUAUCCUCUCGCGGCAUGGGUCGAAGUUUGGCUUUGAUUCUGAACUCCUUGCGCCCACUGCUGUGUACGUGCGGUCAUGA